UCUCUCUCUCUCUCUCUCUCUCUCCGGCUAUGAGUUCAUCUUUUUCUACUGUGUGUAACUCUGAGUUCCCUUCUAUGUUUCUCUCUCUCAUCUCUGCUUCUUUUGGGUUGAAGGGCUAAUUUAUGUGCUGCUGAUCUUAUCAGCCUCAUCUCUCUCUCUCUCUCUCUCUCUCUCUCCUCCAUGCUCUUGCAGGCUUGCAGCUAUAUAUGUGUCUCUUCAUCCCCUAAAGUAGAAAACAUGGCAUAGAGAAACAAGAAGAAAGCAAAAAAAAAAGGAACAGAAUCAACCCAUAUCUGUUCUUAUUUCUCUUUUUUCAGGUUUAUUCUCUCUUUGCCUCGCCAUUUCUGGACAUCCAGCUCUCUCUCUCUCUCUCUCUUUCUCUCUCUCUCUGUGUUUGGUUACGUUAAAGCACACAGCAAUAGAUCCAAGAUCGAGCAAAAAGCCUAUGCAUCAAACACCCAUCACUGGAAAACUCAUGACCUUGCCCUAACUCGCUCUCCACAGAUAAAUAAUUCCAGAAAAAAAAAGAACCCUAAUUCCCUCAAACCACACUUCAAGAAAACCUAGACAGACAAAUGCAUACCUCCUCCCCCAGAAUUUAAGACAAAAACAAGCCAUGGACUUGAUCCCUAACCAUCCAGAUAAAAACCCUAAUCCGAAAACCACCAACAUGAUCACCACAGCAGCAGCAUCUCCUUCUUCGUCGUCUUCCUCCUCCUCCUCCUUGAGCCGCUACGAAAACCAGAAACGCCGCGACUGGAACACCUUCUGCCAGUACCUUCGCAACCACCGUCCUCCCCUCUCUUCCCCCUCCUGCAGCGGCGCUCACGUCCUCGAAUUCCUCCGGUACCUAGACCAGUUCGGGAAGACCAAAGUGCAUCACCAGAGCUGUACCUUCUUCGGCCUGCCGAACCCACCGGCUCCAUGCCCUUGCCCCCUAAGGCAAGCGUGGGGAAGCCUCGACGCUCUCAUCGGCCGCCUGCGAGCCGCCUACGAGGAGAACGGUGGGCCCCCCGAGACCAACCCUUUUGGCGCACGCGCCGUCAGGAUCUAUCUACGUGAGGUUAGGGACUUUCAGGCCAAGGCGCGUGGGGUUAGCUACGAUAAGAAGAGGAAGAGGGUUAAUAAGCAGAAGGCAUCACCGAUGCAGUCGCAACCUCAAGGUCAGUCUGCCAUGGCUAAUUACUCCGGUCCGGCUAUAUGAUCGGUAUAUAUAUGUAUGGUUUAUAUGUAUGUCCGUAUCUAUAUACGUCUGUUGUGUUAUGCUUACUUUGUGGCCUACGUUGUUGCUGUUGUUGUUGCUACUUACGAGGAAUAUAUCUGAGUUUAAAAAAAAAGAAUA